AUGGCAGUUUAUUGUAGUGGUGCUGAUAUUCUUGCUGGUGUUGAUGAUGCUAUAAAAGAUGGAGUUGACAUAAUAUCAGCAUCUAUUGGUGAUAUUUUUAUAAACAUUGCUGAAGUUAAUGAAGAAAGUGUUUUGGGGAUUGGAUCUUAUCAUGCAGUAUCUCAUGGCAUAUCUGUCAUUGCUGCUGGUGGAAAUAGUGGACCUGACUCUAACACAAUUAGUAAUACUGCUCCAUGGGUUAUAACUGUUGCUGCUAGCAAUUCCGAUAGACAAAUUGUCACUCCUUUAACACUUGGAAACAACAACACAAUACUAGGUGAUGGACUUUUUAGGGAGCAAAUCUUUGGUCCUUUGAUAACUUUUCAUAAUAUAACAAAGGGUGAACAAGUUAAAUUUAUUGCUAAUGAAGUGAAAGGAAAAGUUCUAUUGGUUUUCUUUCAACAAGCAGAUGAUAUACUUGCGUCUUUGAUAAAUCUAAAGACUAGUGGGGUUUUGGCUAUCAUUGUUUCUAUUCCCCCUUUUGAUGAAAUUACUGACUACAAUCAGCUUUUUGGUAUCCCUAUACCAAAUGUUUAUGUUGAUUUGGAGCAAGGAAAUCAAAUAUAUGACUAUUUUCAACGAUCUAAAUCAAAUAACCAGGAUCCUAUGAUUAAAUUGGGUCGAUCUGAAAUACUUGAGGGCCAAGAAGUAGUCCUAAAAGUGCCUAAGUUCUCAUCCAGAGGCCCAAAUGCCUUUGCCCCAGAAAUUUUGAAGCCCGAUAUUGCAGCUCCUGGUGUAAAUAUACUUGCCGCGGUUCGUCCUCAAAAAGGAGACCAUGGAUUCCAACUCAUGUCAGGAACAUCCAUGGCAGCUCCUCAUGUUUCAGGAAUUGUUGCACUCCUUAAAGUUGCACAUCCUGAUUGGUCUCCUGCUGCUAUCAAAUCCGCACUCGUAACUACAGCAUGGAAUGAGGACACAUAUAGAUCUGAAAUAUAUUCAGAAGGAGCAGGAGAUAAAAUUGCUGAUCCAUUUGAUUUUGGAGGUGGAAUUUGUAAUCCAAAUGGAGCAACAGAUCCUGGAUUAGUUUAUGAUAUGGAUAAAAAUGAUUAUUUGAAUUAUCUUUGUAGUUUAGGAUAUAGUAAUGAUAAGAUGCAAAAUGCAACUACACUUUUUUCCAAAACUAAAAAUUCAACUUCAUCAGGCAUUAUAUGUCCUAAUAAAGUACCAUCUAGGUUGGAUUUAAAUCUCCCUUCAAUAUCUAUUCCAAAUCUUAAAAAUUCAGUUACUAUCAAAAGAAUUGUUACGAAUGUUGGAAAUGUCAACGCGAUAUACAAAGUAGUGAUUAAACCUCCGAGAAAUACUGUAGUUAAAGUAAGUCCACAUAUUGUGAAGUUCAAUUCGAAAACAAAGAAAAUUUCAUUUGAGGUAAAAAUCACAUCUACUCAUCAAAGAAUGAGUAAAUUUACCUUUGGAAGUUUGGCAUGGAAUGAUGGAAAGCAUUUUGUUAGAAUUCCUAUUGCUGUGAGGAAACAAGUAGAUGUCUAA